GUUACACUACUCUGACACAGUUAUACAAUUGCCAGCUAACAUGGCGAGUUUGUGUGUGUUGGUGCUGCUUGUAGCAGCCUCAUCUGUGGUUCAGGGACACGAGAAUAUUGCAGCAGUUGUCAGUCAGAUGGGUUUGCUUGAGAAAGAAAUUAACCAGCUGAAAGUGGAAUUGAACCACUUAAAAUCUGACGUUCCAAACAAGAUGGACAUUUUGGAGUUACUGCUGAGAUCGGAUUUGACAGAGAGGAUUGUAUCUUCCUAUAUACGUAGUCAAAUAGAGUCGUUUGAGGCCACGGUAAACAGUCACGUGAUGUCCCAGAUUAAACAUCUGAAGCGUGGAUAUCAGCAGAUGAAGCGACAGACACUGAGACUCACAAGACAGUUGGGGGACACUGUGAAAGACAAAGAUGCAUGUGAACAGCAGCGAGAACAAGAAGGUGAUGAAGCGAUCUUUAUCAACUAAUACUACAACGGAAAUGUUGGAAUUCAGUGAUUGGAUUUAUAGCCUUGUCUACUACAACAACAGCCUGUACAUAAGUGGAAAGAAUAUUGGCGUCAUAUACCUGGAAAACAACGUACAGUCCAACCUGAAGACAAUGAAGUAUAGUUACAGUGUAAUGUGUUUGAUUCCGUGAUCACAUCUGUCUAAGAGAGACUCCUACACGAGACUUUGUACCCAUGUCAGGAUUCGAACCCGGGUCUUCGGAGUGACGAGCGAACGCUUUAACCACUAAGCUAACCGACCGCCCCCUGUCUUAAGAGAGACUCCUACACGAGACUUUAGCCCAUGAACAGCUAUGAAAAUUGAUAUAUUCUCACAACCAGUGACAGAUGGCCACAAGUGUUUAGACACGAGCGACCAUUACUUUCAUAAGUAUACUGUUACACAGAGUGUUUUGUACAGUUCAAUGAUGUGCACCAGGACGUAUGUUGAACACUCCAGGGGGCGCUCGUGCCUAGCUGCCUUAACACCGCUGCCACUAGUACCGAAUUACUUUUAGUCUUAGUUUGUAUCUAUGCUAUAUGUUUAUUGAAAUGUUGAGUGUAUUGUAUGUUGUGGUAUUCGUCUAGCGAAUGUCCUUCUGCUAAGUGUAUACCUCUAGGUCCUACCUGGUGGUAUUCGCCUACCGCACAAUCUCAUUAAAGUCAGAUCUUAGUUAAACGACAUGCAAACAAACAUAAACACUCAUGUAGCAAUUUUCUUUAAUGUGUCAAUAUAAAACCCGAACAGUCACUUA